UCCCUGCUUGUUUGCUUUCUUUGGGGGUCUUUUCUGUUCUCCCAUGUGUUUUUCUUGGCACUGUGUUUCCAUUCUUUGAAACAUGCCCCGUUCGUUUUUGGUUAAGAAGAUCAAGCUCGAUGAUUUCUCCUCGUCCAAUGUCUCCAACCACCAUCAUCACCUGGACGACUCGUUCACUUUCGCACGCUCCAUCACAGACUCAGUGACCAGCCUGGGAGUCCGUCUCAGCGAGAAUGGAUACAUCCAGGAUUACAUCACGCCAUCUGUAUACCAGGGGGAGAAGAAGGUGGAGCUCAAGCUGGCAUCUCCAGUCUCUGAUCCCCUGUACACCCAGGUGAGCAGCGGGGGUGAGGAGUACUGCGACCCUGACCUGGAGCACCCUGACAGCCCCCAAUCUGGCAUGACGGCCAGCGGCUUUUACAGCGGUGAGUCGGAGGCCCUGACUGAGGGUUACACCAUGGAUGCCUUCUUCAUCUCCGACGGGCGCUCCAGGCGGAAGGGAGACGGUGAGAGCCGCGGGGUAGGAGCGAAAGGCAGCGCAGCGUCCAGCGCAGAGGAUCAAGAGAGGGAGGCCGGCGCUGGGACGGCCCGUCACACCUGCAAUGAGUGCGGCAAGACGUACGCAACCUCCUCCAAUCUCAGCAGGCACAAGCAGACGCACCGCAGCCUGGAUAGCAAGAUGGCGCGCAAGUGUCCCACCUGUGAUAAGGUGUAUGUGUCCAUGCCUGCGCUGGCAAUGCAUAUCCUUACCCACGACCUCAAGCACAAGUGUGAUGUGUGCAGCAAGGCCUUCAGCCGGCCCUGGCUUCUGCAGGGCCACAUGCGCUCGCACACGGGGGAGAAGCCCUUCGCCUGCGCCCACUGUGGCAAAGCCUUUGCUGACCGCUCAAACCUCCGCGCCCACAUGCAAACACACUCUGCCUUCAAGCACUACCGAUGCAAGCGCUGCAAUAAGACCUUCGCUCUCAAGUCCUACCUGAACAAGCACUAUGAGUCAGCCUGUUUCAAGGGCUCCGCAGACGAAGAUGACUCUGGCUCUGAGAACUAACUGACUAACCACAGGAAGGAAGCAGAAUUUGAACCCCCAUUGUAGGUUCUUAACCAAUAACCCCCUUCACUCUGCCCUCCAUGCCU